AUGGCUCAAUUAGCAUGGAUCGGAUUGGGAAAUAUGGGUAGGGGAAUGUGUAAAAACAUCGUCGAAAAAGGUAACCUCUCAUCACCACUAAUCGUAUACAACCGUACCGCUUCACGCGCCGCCUCAUUCUCCGAGUCCCUAGGUGGUCUCUCAAAAGCCACUGUUGUGUCGUCCAUCCCCGACGCCGUCAAACCAGCAGACAUUAUCUUUAUCUGCGUCGGCGAUGACCCAGCCGUGGAGAGCAUCAUCUCCUCUGCUCUCGAGACCGACGACGUCGAGGGCAAGCUCUUCGUCGACUGCUCAACCAUCCACCCAGACACAACACGCAAAAUCGACUCACAGAUCCGCUCCCGUGGCGCCUCAUUCGUCGCAUGUCCUGUCUUUGGCGCCCCAGCUAUGGCUGACGCAGGCCAAUUAAUCUGCGUAUUGUCCGGACCACGACCAGAAAUUGAAAAGGUCCUACCCUACACCGUCGGCGUCGUGGCACGCGCCAACAUCGACCUAACCGAAAACGCCGAUAGUGAGAGUAACGACAUCGGCAAAGCAUCCGUCAUGAAACUCCUCGGAAACAGCUUCAUUCUCAGUUUCGUCGAACAGCUCGGCGAAGGAAUGACAUUUGCCGAAAAAUCCGGACUCGGCUCGGGACCCUUGAAGCAGUGGAUGGAACUCAUGUUUCCGGGGGCCUUACCCAAGUAUAUUGAUCGUAUGCAGACGGGAGAUUACUGGAAGCGCGAGUAUCCGCUCUUCCAGGUUGAUUUGGCGCGGAAAGAUGCGAGGCAUAUUAUGAGUCUUGCCAAGGAUAAUGGGCUGCGGAUGCGAUCGUUGGAAGUUGUGGAUAAGUAUCUCAAGGAUGUAAAGGAGUAUUUCGGAGAGAGAGGGGAUGUGGCUGGGAUGUAUGGAGCAGUGAGAAAGGAGGGCGGGCUUGAGUUUGAGAAUUAA